AUGGCAACAAUAACAACAACAACGAGUGCCCCCUCCGCAGCCAACUGGGAACCUCUGGUGCUCGAAAGCGACAUACCAGGGUACCCGGUUCAAGUCUCGGGGCCGACACAAUCGCGCUACAAUGCCCACGGACACCUGUUCUCGUCGCCCUUCUGGUCGGCCACGUACAAUGUGGGUCGUCGCUUCGGCCAGAUGAACAGCGCGUCUAUGGAGUUCCUGUUACGGGUCGUGACAGGCAUUCUCUCCUUCUUGAUGGUCCCCAUCGCCCUCAUCUUGAUUCCCUUUGGCAUCCUGCUACGCGCAACUGCUGUCGCUGCGGGCAAGAAGGACCUCACCUUUGUACGACCACCUGACGAAGCCUACGAGGCCGCUGCGGUGGUGCUGCGAACGCAGAACCUGGGCUUCAUUCCCCACGUGAGUCCAGUAAAUGGUCUCGCCAUCCCGCCCAAGCGCGCCCCGGCAAUGCUGCGAGAUGUGAAGAGCGGCCGUGACGACAUCAUCUGUCUGCAGGAGCUCUUCGAUCUCACCGUCAUCAAUAGAGUGUUGAGGGAGAUCGGAGCAGGCAAGCCUGAGAUACGUCGGCCAGUUUCAGCGGAACUGAACGGCGAGAGCAGCGUCGAGGCGGGAAGGCGGCUGACCGAAGCAGGAGCCACCUACCCGUGGGUCCUGUGCGACGUGGAUCCCAAGCCGUAUCGGCUCAACAGUGGUCUCUUUGUGGCGUCGCGCUAUCCCGUGCUUGACCCCGAAUUUAUCCGAUUUUCGGUCGCCUCGCGCGAUGAUAUCUUGGCUGGCAAGGGCGUACUCGGGUGCUCUGUCGUGCUGGGCGAGAUCGGAGGCCGCAAGUGCAAGCUCACCCUCUUCACGACGCACGCUCAGGCGGGUCACUACAUGCGCAUUCACACCUACCAGUUCCGUGCCAUCAUGGAAUUCAUGAAAUACUACAACCAAAAGUUCCUGGGUGCAGAGGACAUCAUCGUGGCGUCCAUGCUCAUGGGCGACUACAACCUCGGCCCGGUGUCUUCGCGUCCUGAUCCAAAGACCGGCAAGCUUCAACUCAACGACGAGUGGUCGGUAAUGAAGGCGAUCUUUGACGAGUACGGCAUGCAGAACUACUUCUACGACAAGACGCCCGAAGGGCUGGCCCGCGAGCGCAACCGAGAGAUUAUCCUGCAAAUCCAGGACUUGUGGUACGACGAGGGUGCGAGGGCCUGGGAGCGCUAUCACGUAAAGGGCGCCACGAAGGAAGCCCAGGAUCUCGAGCGGGCCGACAGAUCGCGGGGCAACAGGAUCGACAUUCCCUGGCAAAUGGACAUCUUUGCACUUCUCGCCCUGCUCAGAACCCUCGUGACCAAGAAGGAAACGGAACCGAGCGACACCCUGGAGGCGACGGUGGAGGCUGAGCUCAAGCAGGAGCUUGCUCGUCAGGUCGCCGUGGGGAAAGACAAGAAGAAGCGCGAGUCCGCGGAUCUCGGGGAGCUGAACGUGAUACGCAUUGUGGAUCUGGUGGGACAGCUCACCGGUUUGUCCGAUGGCCAGGGCGGUCUCGUGGAGAAGCUUAUUCCAGGAUCCGCCAUCGAGAUGAAGGGUUACCGAACACUCUUCCCCACUGAGGUGAAGCUGUGCGACAUCGACCACGUCUUGAUGCCAAAGAGAAUCAACGGCCGCAAGCCCUUGGUGAAGCGAGCGCACAUCAAGAUCGUGACGGAGGGCGUAUUCGAGUACACCGACCACUACGGCAAGCGAACGACGCUCGACAUCGAUUGGGAUCGUCUGCGGGAUGGUCGCGAAGGCGCAGAAGCGACGUUACCACUGCGGGACAGUGGCGCUGGUCAACGCGUCUCGAUUGAUGACAGCGAGGAGGUCGAAGUCGAGGGACCCGGCAAGGAGAGAAUACGCGAUCACGUCGUGGCCUCGUCCUCGUCCUCGUCCUCGUCCGCCGCCUCGCCCGCCACAUCACUGGGCCAAGAGAUCGUCAUCCCGAUUGAAUAA